GAAUCUUGGACUAAUAAGUCUUGAACUACACGAUUAGACUGUCAAGAAAAAAGAAAAGAAAAACAUGCUAAAGAAUAAGAUCUUUACCGUUGUAAAUAAUUUUUCUAAAAAUAAAAUAUCUUCUUUUUUUUCAGAAAAAAACCCAAUAUAAUUAUUUUUAAUUAUUAGAUUAUUUUAUAAUUAUUUUACUAAAGAUCAAUUUAAAAAAUUUAAAAUCAACUACAAAUUAUUAACUCAAAAAAAUAUUGGAAUCCAAAUUCUGAUUUUUUAAUACAGUACAAAAUAGAAAAAUUAUAAAUUAUAAAUUUGAUAAAAAAAAUAAAAAAGUAUGAAAUUUAUGAUAUUUUUCAAAAAAAAAAAGAAGUUGAUCCUAAACCCUAAUCCUUCCUAAAACCCUUCAAUCUAGCAACGUAUUGCUCCAUUACCGUCCUCCUCCCUGAAAAUGGCGACCCAAAGAAUCUUGACACCAGAAGCUCUCCGGUCCGCCGCCAAACAGUCUCAAGGCUGCCUCGUCGUUCCGGUCACUCUCCGUCGCGCGAUUAAAAGAUACCUCCGAGAACAAGAAGAGCCACACAUGAAAAGAAAGGUACUAAGAUUAUCAGAAUCGUUUAGCGAAAUAAAGGAUGUCAAUCUAAUGCUAACGGCGACAACAUCAAAAGAGCUUGUUGAAGAUCCAUUUAAGUCUAUGGAGAGAUCCAAACGAUGGAAAAUUAGAAGUUGUUAUGGUGAUGUUGGUCUUAAAUACACAGAUGAUGAGACCGUCGCUUAUGUUGCGUCGCGAAUGCCAGCUGUUUUCUCUGCUUGUUACAGAAUUCUUAGCGAAGUUAAAAGAAGGUUGCCUGGCUUUUCUCCAACUAAGGUAUUGGAUUUUGGUGCUGGUACUGGAUCAGCUUUCUGGGCGAUGCGACAAGUGUGGCCAAAGUCAGUGGAGAAGGUUAACUUAGUCGAGCCAUCACCAUCGAUGCAACGGGCAGGUCGAAGCCUUAUACAAGAUCUGAAGGAUUUGCCACUUAUUCAUGGCUAUAAUAGCAUUCAAGCAUUAAGUAAAACUAUCAGCAAGUCUGAGAGGGAACAUGACCUUGUAAUUGCUUCCUAUGUGCUUGGGGAGAUACCAUCACUGAAGGACCGGAUAACUAUAGUACGCCAGCUUUGGGAUCUUACAGGGGAUGUUCUGGUUCUAGUUGAACCAGGAACACCACAUGGAUCAAAUAUCAUUUCUCAGAUGCGAUCUCACAUAUUAUGGAUGGAGAAAAGAAAACAUCGUAAAUCUAAAGCCCAAAAUAAUGAAGCUUGCAAGGAAUUGGUGUCUAUCAAAAGUGGUGCAUUUGUUGUUGCUCCUUGUGCUCAUGAUGGAUAUUGUCCUUUGGAGAAAUCUGGAAAGUACUGUCAUUUUGCUCAACGUUUGCAGAGGACAUCAUCACAACGUGCAUACAAGCGUUCCAAGGGUGAGCCUCUGCGUGGUUUUGAAGAUGAGAAAUUUUCCUUUGUUGCUUUCAGACGUGGACAACGACCUCGGGCAUCCUGGCCUCUUGAUGGUAUGAAAUUUGAGACACUGAAGGAGCAGCGUGCUGAAAGAAAACUUGAAGAUCUUGAAAUUGACUACGAGGACGUAGAUGAACAAGAUGAAGCUGGUGUUGUUCCAUAUGAAGAAAUGGAUCCACUUGACUAUGAUUCUGAUGCCAUUGAAACAGACGGAGUUGAUAACAAUGAUGGAGAUGAGAAAGAAGAGCAAGAUGAAACAGGGCAUGCAGAUCUUGGGGGAGGUUGGGGGAGAAUAAUUUUCUCCCCAGUUAGGAGAGGCAGACAAGUAUCAUUGGAUGUUUGUCGAUCUGUAAAUCGGGAUAGUUCAGAGGGCUCAUUUGAACGUAUAGUUGUUACUCGGAGUAAAAAUCCUGCAUUACAUCAUCAGGCCAAAAGAUCUCUAUGGGGCGAUUUGUGGCCCUUUUGAAGCAAAAUGACAUGUACCUUUACUCGGUAAUCUCUAAUGUAAAUGUAAGUAGAAACCAUACCAAUUAAAAUGCCAAUUGUAUUCAUUCAUUGUUUCCA